AUGGCGAGAAUGCCUGCCAGCGGAGACACGGAGCAGGAGCAGAUGAGCUGCCCCGAGAAGAGCAGGGAUGAGGAUGAUGAGGAGGAAGAUGAAGAUGAGAUCCAGGAGGUCCAGAUCACUGGGGAGGAGGAGGAGGACGAGGAGUCCGAUAAAGAUGGUGGGGAGCUGGAGUGGGAGUCAGGGAGCACAGUGCUGGACUCCAGCGGUUCCACCGCGGAGACACAAGCGGUCGUUAUGCGGAGUAUGGACCGAGGAGAGGAGGAGGGAGAGGCGGACCCGUUCAGCAGCAGAAUCCCCUGUGGGCUGAUGGAGGGAGAUCUUCAGCGGUCAGAACGUAACAAGCUGAGUGAGAACACCCGCCUGGCGACCCGGUAUGCGGUGAGGAUCUUCAGGGAAUACCUCAGUGAGAAAGCCCAAAGUCCAGACUUUGAAACUCUGGACAAGGAUGCGCUCUGCGCGGUGCUGCGCUCCUUUUACGCGGAGGCGCGCUCCAAAAGUGGACAGUUGUACAGCAAGUCUUCCCUCAUCAGCAUCCGGAGCUCCCUGAACCGGUACCUAAACGAGCCGCCCUACUGCCGCACCUUGGAUCUCACCAAGGACCCAGAGCUGCGCAGCGCCAACCUGACCCUGGCCGCGGUCAUCCGGAGGCUGGAGGAGCAGGGCGCCGGUCCCGUAGUGCAGAAACAAGCCAUCACGCGCUCAGACCUGCGGAAACUGUACGAGUCCUCCGUGUUCAACAUCGACACCCCGUUCGGGCUGCUCAACAAAGUCUGGUUCGAGACCUGUAUGUAUUUCUGCACCAGGGGCAGGGAGAACCAGCGGGAGCUGGAGGAGGACUCGUUCGGCCUGGCCGUGGACGAGGACGGAAGAAAGUUUGUGUAUUUUAAGGCUCUGGGACCGUACCACAAGUCCCGCUCCGCUACCUGGACCAAGAAGCGUCCGGACGCAGACGAGGACACCUUGCCGCGGAUGUACGAGACGGGCACGGAGCAGUGUCCGUACGCAAGCUUCGUCCGGUACGUGUCCAAACGGAAUCCGCUGUGCAGGGCGUUCUUCCAGCGGCCCCGGGACCACUGCUGCGCGAGCGACGUGACAUGGUACGAGAACAAAGCCAUCGGAAAGAACCUGUUGGGCACGAGGAUGCAGAUGUUGUCGCGCGCUGCCAAGCUCUCCAAGACCUACACCAACCACUGCAUCGGCGCUGUCUCCAUAGCAACGCUCAACAGCAUCGUGGGGGCUGCGGGCUUCAGGCCGACUACCACGCUUUACGUUGCCUCGGAAACGGUCAACGGUCACGCGCAGUCCCACCUCCAGCUCGUGGUCCCGUACCUGCGCCGGGUCACCGAUGUUGCGGAUGUGAGUCCGAGGGGGACACCGACGGACGCGGCGGCAGCAACGACACCGACAGCUGCAGCGAGGAAAGUCAGCGCCGAGGAGGACUACGGAGCUCCCGCUGCCAAGAAGCUGUGCUUGCGUCCCGGGAAACGCGCAGAGUCGCCUGCGGAGCGGAGCGAGAGAGAGUCGGUGCCUGCGAGAGCUACGGAGUCCCACAACACACAGCCCGGUGUCCGGUCCCCGGCCGCUGUGCCUGCACAG